GCUGCCACCGCCACCGCCCCCGCCCCCUCCACGGUGUCCUCGGGCCCUCCAGUCACGCCCGCGGCGCCCGCCCCCUCCGCAGACGGGAGCACCGCCCCUGCUGGUGUUGGGGUGCCCCCUCCCGCCACCGGGGGCGGCGACGACCCGUUCACCUGCCCACUCUGCUGGAAGGUUUUCAAGAAGCCCAGUCACCUCCACCAGCACCAGAUCAUCCACACGGGCGAGAAGCCCUUCUCCUGCUCCGUGUGCAGCAAGAGCUUCAACCGCAGGGAGAGCCUGAAGCGUCACGUGAAGACGCACUCGGCUGACCUCCUGCGCCUGCCCUGCGGCAUCUGCGGGAAGGCCUUCCGCGAUGCCUUCUACCUCCUCAAGCACCAGGUGGCCCACGCAGGGGUGGGCGCCGGGGGGCCUCGGCCCGUGUACCCCUGCAGCAAGUCCUACUCAGCGCCGCAGAGCCUGCUCCGCCACAAGGCCGCUCACGCCCCGCCACCUGCCGCUGCGGAAGCGCCCAAGGGCGGGGCAUCCUCGGCCGCGCAGCCCCCGCCUACCUUACCCCCGUGCCCGUACCUCCUGGCCCCCGACCCUCCCGCCACCGACAGUGAGAAGGCGGCGGCAGCCGCGGCGGCGGUGGUGUACGGUGCCGUGCCAGUCCCGCUCCUGGGCGCCCACCCGCUGCUGCUGGGCGGCGCAGGGACCAGCGGGGCAGGAGGCUCGGGCGUCAGCGUCCAAGGAAAGACGUUCUGCUGCGGCAUCUGCGGGCGUGGCUUCGGGCGCCGCGAGACCCUGAAGCGCCAUGAGCGCAUCCACACGAGCGAGAAGCCCCACCAGUGCCUCGUGUGCGGGAAGCGCUUCCGCGAAUCCUUCCACUUGAGCAAGCACCGCGUGGUGCACACGCGCGAGCGGCCCUACAAGUGCGAGCUCUGCGGCAAGAUCUUCGGCUACCCGCAGAGCCUCACCCGCCACCGCCAGGUACAGCGGCUCCAGCUGCCCUGUGCCCUGUCCCAGGGCGCAUCCGGGGCCUGUGGGCCCGGGGCCUCAGGCACGUCUGCAGGGCUCACCGAUGGGCUGAGCUACGCCUGCUCGGACUGCGGCGAGCACUUCCCAGAUCUCUUUCACGUCAUGAGCCACAAGGAGGUCCACAUGGCAGAGAAACCAUACGGCUGCAACGCCUGCGGCAAGACCUUCGGCUUCAUUGAGAACCCCAUGUGGCAGAAGCUGGUCCACCAGGCCGCCCCGGAGCACCUGCUCCCGAGCACGCCUGGCGGCCCGCAGCCCCCGGACGGCUCCAGCGGCACGGAUACGGCCAGCGUGCGGGACAACGGGCUGGUGGCGGAGGUGAGAGCGGCCGUGGCGGCACAGGCAGGGGUGUCUGGGGGUGAGGACGCAGGCGGGGCGGCGGUGGCAGGGGCCGGCGGGGGUGCCAGUUCCGGCCCUGAGCGCUUCAGCUGUGCCACGUGCGGCCAGAGUUUCCAGCACUUCCUGGGCCUAGUGACUCACAAGUACGUGCACCUGGUGCGACGGACCCUGGGCUGCGGCCUCUGCGGCCAGAGCUUCACGGGCGCCUACGACUUGCUCCUGCACCGCCGCAACCAUCGGCAGAAGCAGGGUUUCCGCUGCCCGGUGUGCGGGAAGCGCUUCUGGGAGGCGGCCCUGCUGAUGCGCCACCGGCGCUGCCACGCGGAACAGCAGCCGUACAGAUGUGGCGUGUGCGGCCGAGGCUUCCUGCGCUCCUGGUACCUGCGGCAGCACCGCGUGGUCCACACUGGCGAGCGGGCCUUCAAGUGCCGCGUGUGCGCCAAGCGCUUCGUGCAGUCGUUCAGCCUGGCAUAGCACCGGUGGCUGCACGCUGUGGCCCGGCCCCAGCGCUGCAGCGCCUGUGGCAAGACCUUCCGCUACCGCUCCAACCUGCUGGAGCACCAGCGGCUGCACCUGGGCGAGUGCGCCUACCACUGUGAGCACUGCGGCAAGGGCUUCUUCUACCUGAGGUCCGUGCUGCGCCACCAGCGCACCCACGAGCCGCUGCGGCCCGAGCUCCGCUGCCCCACCUGCCUCAAGGCCUUCAAGGAUCCCGGCUACUUCCGUAAGCACCUGGCUGCCCACCAGGGCGGC